GGCUUGCAAAGGGACCGAAAGAUCACGGACGCAUGGCAGGGUCGAGGUCCCAGGGUCCAGGGGUCCUUCAUGACGUUGACUUUGUUCUUGUGACGGAGGUCUGGCACUGGCCUGCUUUACAACCGAGUAUAAAGUGAGGGCCAUCUCGUGUGCUUGGGACGGUAAUCGAAGGGUAUGCCUUAGCAAGACAUGCGUGCUCUCCUGUCAUCCUGACUCGGACCCCUUCCCAAUUAUCACCACAACCCUCCCCCUCUUCGUUACUCAAACCCAAACCCCAUAGGCCAUAUAGCCUCCACCGAGUCCACUCACCAUGGCGGACAAUGACAUAGGCAUGGCCAGCGCCGUCCACGUGGACGACGGAGCCAGACAACGCAUGGCAGCCGCCAUGUCCAAAGAAGAAUUCAAGCACAUCUCGCAAGAGGCCCAGCGUGCCUCCGAGGCCGAACAGCAACUCGGCCUCCGGGAAUCCUUCAAGCUGUACCCGCACGCCAUCGGCUGGUCCAUCUUCCUCUCGACCUGCGUCAUCAUGGAAGGCUUCGACAUCACCCUGCUCGGCAACCUGUUCGCCUACCCGCCGUUCCAGAGAGCGUUCGGCGUCCUCCAGUCCGACGGCACCUACCAGCUCACGGCCGCCUGGCAAGCCGGCCUCACCAACGGCAACCAGGUGGGCCAGAUCAUCGGCCUCUUCGCCAACGGCAUCAUCGCCGAGCGCGUCGGCUACCGCUGGUCCCUGAUCGGCGCCCUCGCCAUGACCACGGGCGUCAUCUUCAUCAUCUUCUUCUCCCAGUCCCUCGUGCAGCUCCUCAUCGGCCAGAUCCUCAUCGGCAUCCCCUGGGGCGCCUUCCAGACCCUGACCGUGACCUACGCCUCCGAGGUCUGCCCCACCCACCUUCGCGCCUACCUGACCACCUACGUCAACCUGUGCUGGGUCAUCGGCCAGUUCCUCUCCAUGGGCGUCCUGCGCGCCAUGCUCCAGCGCGAAGACGACUGGGGGUACCGCAUCCCCUUCGCCCUGCAGUGGAUGUGGCCCAUCCCGCUCAUCGUCGGCAUCUUCUUCGCGCCCGAGUCCCCCUGGUGGCUGGUGCGGAAGGGCCGGCUCGAGCAGGCGAAGCGGUCGGUGCUGCGCCUCACCAAGCGGGAAGCCUUCCCGGACUUCAACGCCGACGAGAACGUGUCGAUGAUGGUGCACACCAACGAGCUCGAGAAGGCCAUCUCGGCCGGGACCAAGUACUGGGACUGCUUCAAGGGGAUCGACCGGCGCCGCACGGAGAUUGUCUGUCUCACCUGGGCGGCCCAGCACCUGUCCGGCUCGACCAUGAUGGCCUUCUCGACCUACUUUUACCAGCAGGCCGGCAUGGCCGUCGAGGACUCUUUCAACAUGUCGCUGGGCCAGUACGCCAUCGGCGGCGUGGGCACCGUGUUCUCCUGGUUCCUCAUGGGCUGGUUCGGGCGCCGCACGCUGUACCUGACGGGCCAGGUCACCAUGUGCGUGCUGCUGCUGACGAUCGGGUUCGCGGCCUUCGCGGGGCGGGACAACGAGUCGGGCCAGUGGGCCAUCGGCUCGCUGCUGCUCGUCUACGCGCUGACGUACAACUGCACCGUCGGGCCCAUCUGCUACUCGCUCGUGUCGGAGCUGUCGUCGACGCGGCUCAAGAACAAGACGGUGGUGUUGGCCCGCAACACGUACAAUAUCCUGGGCAUGGUCGGCAACGUCAUGACCACCAGAAUGCUGAACCCGUCGGCGUGGAACUGGGGUGCCCGGGCCGGUUUCUUCUGGGCCGGCACCUGCGGUCUCUGUGCCAUCUGGUCUUACUUCCGUCUUCCCGAGCCCAAGGGUCGGACCUACGCUGAGUUGGACAUUCUGUUUGAUCAGCGCGUGUCGGCGCGCAAGUUUAAGAGGACGGUGGUAAGGACGCAUGAUGACUUGGGUGACAGCCCUUCGGAGGUUGAUGAGAUUGGUCUACCAGCGGACGAGAAGAAGCAAUAGUCACUGAUUCCGUGAUGGAAAUGGGGGGGGGGGAAGGAGAGUUUGAGUGACGUGAACGAGGGAAUGAAUAGGGGUGGCCCGGGUGGGAUGGCUAAGGGGUCAGAUCAACGUUCAAUAUAAGCCACGACUUUUAAGACCAUACAGUCUUGUGGAGUACUUUCUGGGGCUAACCUUUGAGAAUGGCAUUGUGAUUGAUGCAGCAGCACACUCACACGGUCUCUUCGAUUUCGUGUUACCUCCUGUUACCUCGGCAGUAGACUGUAGUCCUAUAUCAAAACUUCAGAGUUCAGACUGAUGCAGUAACCAGACCCCU